UCUCCCCCACCCCCCUCCCCGCCCCAUCCCCGCCACCGCCGCCGCAUACGCUGCAUGGCAGACUCACCCUCAAACACUCUCUGCCUCCACUAUUCAUUCAACCCAAUUCACCUUCACAGCACAUCGAAAGCUGUCCGGUUGUAAAUGGAAUGGAUACACGUACAAACACCAUGCGCAAAAGAACUCGAGUUUUACAAUCAGCUUGAAUCGGCAGAUGACAUGUCAAUAUUAUUCCACUAUGCGGCAUGGAGUGAUGAGUCAAGUUCAUCCGGAAGCGUUUUCGGCGAGGAGUUAGAGCUGAAUGUGGGAACUUUGAUAUGCUCACCCUCUGCAGAAUACAUUGUGGAGAGUGUUUUGGGGUGCGGGUCGUUCGGAAAAGUCGUCCACUGCAGGAAGCUGGACACGGAUGAAUCAGUGGCUUUGAAAAUCAUCAUGGAGAAAGAUUUCAACAAUGACGUGCAGACGGAGGUGGAAACACUGGAAGUGCUGAAAAACUUCAAUUUGGAAAAAUACAACAUCGUCAAAUGGUUCAGCUCCUUUGUCCACGAGGGCCAUUAUUGUCACGAGUUUGAGAAGCUAGACAUGAGUCUUUACCAAUACCUGGUCAGAGAGAGAGACAUUCUGGAGCUAAAAGAGAUACGACCUAUUCUGCAGCAGGUUGCUUUAUCGCUGCAACUCCUCAAGAGCCUCGGGAUAGCCCAUACCGACCUCAAACCGGAUAACAUCAUGCUCGUGGAUCAUGUGCAUCAGCCACUGCGGGUGAAAAUCAUCGAUUUCGGCACGGCCAAUUUGACUUCGGAACGGUUCAGGGGCUCGGAACUUCAGACGCUCUGGUUCAGGUCUCCAGAGAUUCUUCUGGGUGCUUCCUUCAAUGAGGCUAUUGAUAUCUGGUCUCUCGGCUGUAUUGCAGCAGAACUGUUCAUGGGCAAAGCGCUGUUCCCCAGCAGCGAUGAGUUUGAUAUGAUGAGACACGUACUUCGAGUCAUCGGAAAGCCACCCAAUCAUCUGCUGAAUACCGGAGUGUACUCAAAGCAGUAUUUCAAACAUUACAUUUCCGGAAAUGAGAAAAGGACACCGACCCUUUGGAUGUUUAAGUCGAAUCUUUACAGUUCCUCUUGCAAACCCUGCACCCUAAACAGCCUAUAUGACCUUCUGGAGGGAUGCGACGAACAGACGGGAGAAGACCUGGACAGGAGGAGCUUCGUUGAUUUGUUGGUGAAGAUGCUGCAGCUGGAUCCCGACGAAAGGAUCAAACCCAGCCAGAUUCUUCAACAUCCCUUCAUCACCAUGAGCCACCUCCUUGGCAACUUCUACGACUGCCAAUAUGUUAAAUCCUGCUUGGAUCUCCUGAGCGGGCAUGUGAUUGAGGCCUCGUUGAACCAAGGACACUUUCUGCCGUCGCAGUGGAGUGUGACGGACCACCAAGACCCUUCGGGAUGAGGACGACACGAGAUGACGGGAGAUAACGCCGAUGUGACUUCCUACUAUCCGCUUGCUUUUGGAGUGUUUCGAUAAGAACAAUUGGAAUGUAUGGAGAAAAAAAAAUAUCAAAUGAAAGUCAAAAGCAAACAAAAAUGGAACUGUCCUAUGGUAAAAUUGAGCGUGAGAGCAAGACUGAUUGGGGCGGCCCCUGCGGACGACCCCCCCAAAAAAAAGAUUUUGAAUUGGGUUCAGCUUUGGGUUCUGGUUACUUUCACCCCAAACAACUGAUUACUGUGACUUUGUGACUGAGUGCAAGAAAUCAUACGCAAAUAAAUCUAGGUCUGCCCUGAAGUCCGAUGGAAAAACUUGGCAGCGUAAGACUGUUUUGUUUCUCCCUCUUGGCGUUCGUUUCUUACACAGCACCUUUGAACAAAGCCUCGACAAGAA